CGGACCGCGGCUGGUCGGCAGCCCGUCUCUAAUCAUGUUCACUUGUGAAAUGAACACCUCGGUGGAUUCUGUCAACUGCUUAGCUUCGGCCAAAAGUCGAACAAAGUAACAGUCUACCACAGUCUAACUACACUAAUGUUUAGGCUAAUGUUUAGCCUGCUUUUCAGUGUUCACAGUGCACUGACUGAGACCACGCUUCAUCCCCUCCUGAUUUCUUUCCUGCACAGCUUCAGCAAUGGCCAUUGGCGGGUUGCAUCGGCCUGGUUCCUGCAUGGACUGUUAGAGAAAACUUUAAAGGGAAAAAACAGAAGCCCUACUCUCUGUUGCACGGACCUGACAACCACAGCUAUGGCCCACUUAAUACUCCCUCCGCCCCUUUCAUCGCUCACAGACAUUAAACAGAAAAACGCUGGCUUGAAUUCAACUCAUCACUCAUCAUCGUACUCAGUACGACUGGCUAUCAACUCCGACAUUUAAACAAGCAAGAAAAGAGCACCAAGCAAACCCUCAAGGUCCUCCACCAAAUCUGAGCAAGCUCCCUUCUGCUGCGUCCCAUGACCGCACAACAACCCAAGAAACAACAACUAUUUAAAGAACUAUAGCAAACCAAUUAUACUCUAUCCCCACCGCUUU